AUGGCGAAUGCUACGCUGGAUCCGGAGCAAUUCUACCUCGUGCGUGGCGCUCAGAGCAUCGAGAAGGAUGAGGUGGACUACCGCAACCUCAUGACGCACUACAAGCUGGAGCCGCAGCUCGCCAAGAUGGCGGACGCGACGCUGCCUAGCACGUACCACCACCUGCUGCGCGGCGUGGGGGAGGCGCGCGACUCGCUCACGCCCGGGGAGGCCACAGGCGACCUCUUGUCGCUGCUGGAGGGCGUGCCCUUCGACCGCCCCAUCGAGCCGCUGCCCGAGAGCGUGGUCAAGAGCGCGCUGCAGCUGCCGGCGGGCAGCAAGAGCGGCCCCGUGCUGCACCCGCUGAGCAGCCGCAAGACGGCGGGGCUGAUCCACGCGCCGCCUCCUACGGGCGCGGAGCGAGCAGCGCACGCUGAGAAGCAGAAGGGCAAGGCCAAGGACGACAAGGACCGCAAGGAGAAGAAGGAGAAGAAGAAGAAGAAAAGGGAACGAGAGGACGCCACUGUGCUGCAGAAGCUGCUGGCCCCGCUGGUCGCCGAGCUGCGUGGACUCACGUGGGCGGGCUGGGUCGUCAGCGGUAAACCCGGCAACCCGUUCUUGCAGAAGUUCACCAAGGAGAACUGCAAGCGCCUGGGCGUGCCCAACUACUUCGACUACAUCAAGAACCCGAUGGACCUCACGCGCAUGAAGGAGAAGGUCGAGCGCGCCGAGUACUCCAAGAUCGACCAGUUCUCGUCGGAUAUUAAGCUCAUGGCUACGAACGCCAAGACGUUCAACCGCGUGGGGGAGCCCGUGCACCAGAUGGCCAUCGAGAUCGAGCAGCUCUACGAGUCCAAGCUGCCGACGUACAAGAAGAUGUUCGACGACCUGCAGCAGGAGCGCAAGAAGCGCAAGAAGGAGAAGAAGAAGCGAAAAGAGAAGAAGAAGGAGAAGUGA